CGUAGAUAGCUAAUCUCUCAUAAAUUAAAUCACAUGAUAUUAUUCCCCUACUUUAUCCGUCUAUAUAUAAAUUUAAAAAAACAUCUUACAUUUGUUUACAAAUAUCGAGAGUCUAAAUUAAUUCACUAUUUAAUAUUUUAAAUAUCAAAAUGGUUAUUGCAAAAAAAUAUAUUAUUGUAAAGUACUUUGAAGGAGAACCUAAAACGAGUGACGUAAAAAUAGUAGAAGAGAAAUUACCACCAAUUGAAGAUGGAGAAUAUUUGGUAGAAGCAGAAUAUUUGUCAGUUGAUCCUUAUAUGAGAGUCUUUAGCAACAAACUUCCACUUAAUUCAACAAUGAUUGGAGCUCAAGUCGCUAAAAUAAUAGAAUCUAAAAAUAAAGAUUAUCCAGUUGGGAGUCGAAUUGUCGGACGUAUUGGCUGGAGAACCCAUACUAUUAUUAAUUUAAAAAACUUUCCCGAAAAUAGUGUAUUUAAUUUAAAGCCUUAUCUUUUACCUGACUUUGGAGAUCUGCCGACAUCCCUUGCUCUAGGUGUUCUAGGACACCCCGGGAAUACUGCAUACUUUGGAUUUACCGAAAUUUGUAAGCCAAAAACUGGAGAAACUUUAGUUGUCUCGGGUGCUGCUGGUGCAGUGGGUUCACAUGUGGGUCAGAUUGGUAAAAUUUUGGGUAUGAAAGUGAUAGGAAUUGCUGGCAGUGAUGAAAAAUGUGAAUGGAUUACUAAAGAUUUAGGAUUUGAUUACGCGAUAAAUUAUAAGACGCAAAAUGUUGUUGAGGAACUAAAAAAAGCUGCAUCUGAAGGCAUUGAUUGUUAUUUUGAAAAUGUGGGCGGAGAAAUUUCUAGCAUAGUUAUGCAUCAAAUGAAUCCUUGUGGGCGAGUUGCUGUCUGCGGUUCAAUAUCAACUUACAAUGAAGAUCAUGAUAAUUUACCCAAAUGCACUGAUUCGUUAACAAGUAUUUUAAAUAACCAGUUACGAGUAGAAGGUUUCAUAACAUUACGUUGGAUCGAUCGGUCGCGAGAAGGUUUUGAAAAAAACUUUAAAUGGAUUCAAGAAGGAAAAUUGGUCUACCGUGAAACAGUUACUGAAGGUUUUGAUAGAAUGUUUGAAGCGUUUGUUGAUAUGUUAAGAGGAAAAAAUUUAGGGAAAGCUAUUGUCAAAGUGUAA